UGUAGUUUCCCAGUGGUCCGUAAACGCACCGUUUGGAGUAACCUGCUCCGGUCUGCGUCAACAACCGCUCCGCCGUGUCCGUUUGUUUGUUUCAUUGAUUCGGCGAUUUACCGGGAGGAAGACCGGUCCGGUCACUGUCCACACAGGAGCUCCGGUUAAAGACUGUUUCUAGUUGUAGCUGCAGCUCAUCUGUUCGCUGAGUCGCUGUGAGCCUCCAUCCAUCCUCCCAGCAUCUCCACCCACAGCUGCACUAUGACUGUAUGAUGUCUGAGAGCAGCUGCUAUGGCCUGCAGCAGCGGUCAGACUAACGCCGAAACUCUGGAGGGGUUCCAUGAGGUGAACUUGGCCUCGCCCACCACACCUGACCUUCAGAACCAAUCGGAGCAGCGCGCCCCCGCCCGUCACAGCACCCCGCCCACCUCUCUGUAUCGCACCCACUCCCUGGGAGCUCCCCCUCCUGGCCUGCCCACCUCCCUGCGGGCCGACCAGCUCCCCACGCAGCCGGUUUACUCCACACCGAGGUCCAGUCACAAUGGAAGCGUGCCAGGCCUGGAGGCGGAGUCGGGAGAGGGCAACUUCCUGUCCGGAGAGGACGGGGAGGAGUGCAGCGCUUUGAGCGACAGCCUGUCGCGGCUGCGCAGCCCGUCAGUGAUGGAGGUCCGAGAGAAAGGAUACGAGAGGCUGAAGGAAGAGCUGGCGAAGGCUCAGAGGGAGCUGCUGUUGAAGGAUGAGGAGUGUGAGAGGUUGUCUAAAGUCAGAGACCAGCUCGGCCAGGAGCUGGAGGAGCUCACCGCCAGUCUCUUCCAGGAGGCUCACAAAAUGGUCAGAGAAGCCAACGUCAAACAGGCAAACGCUGAAAAACAACUGAAAGAAGCUCUGGGAAAGAUCGACGUCCUCCAAGCGGAGGUCCAAGCCCUGAAGACGCUGGUGCUCUCCUCCCCCACCUCCCCUGUGGGUGAACUCCCCUCUGCAGGAGUCGGGGGAGGAGGGUCUAAGACUCCCUUCAGGAAGGGCCACAGCAGGAACAAGAGCACCUCCUCCGCCAUCCUGGGGACGCAGCCCGACCCGUCGGCCACGCAGCCUAUCGUCCGGGAGUGUAGAGAGGUGGACAGUCAGCUGUUCAGCGAGUUCAAGGCGUGGAAGGAGGAGCCGACGCUGGACCGGAGCUGCUGCUUCCUGGAGAGAGUUUACCGUGAGGACAUCUACCCCUGCCUCACCUUCAACAAGAGCGAGCUGGGUUCGGCUAUCUUGGAAGCCGUGGAGCAGAACGCGCUCAGCGUGGAGCCGGUCGGCUUCCAGCCGCUGCCUGUGGUCAAAGCCUCGGCGGUGGAGUGUGGAGGACCAAAAAAAUGUGCCCUGAGCGGUCAGACCAAAACCUGUAAGCACAGAAUCAAGUUUGGAGAUUCGUCCAACUAUUACUACGUAUCUCCCUACUGUAGAUACAGAAUCACAGCCGUGUGUAAUUUCUUCACCUACAUUCGCUACAUCCACCAAGGGCUGGUCAAACAGCAGGAUGCGGAGCAGAUGUUCUGGGAGGUGAUGCAGCUCCGCAGGGAAAUGUCCUUCGCUAAGCUCGGCUACUACAAAGACCAGCUGUGACUGACGGACAGCUCGGCCCUCCAAUCACAGCAGACUCUGCCCUGAAGCCCCACCCUCCCCCUGGUUCUGGUUUUCCUCGUCUCAUCCCGUCAUUUCAGGACCCCCCCCUUCCUCUCCUCUCCCUGUGUGUGAGAGCCCCUCCUGUUUUUGUGUGUGUGUGUGUGUGUGUGUGUGUGUGUGUGUGCGAGAGAGAAUAACACUAAAAAGACUGAAAGACUGUGACAUCAGUGGUCUGUUUUUGUUACUGAUCUGGAGUUUUGAUGAGUUUCUGUUGAUGGUUUGAUUCCAGAAUAUAUUUACUUGAUUAAAACUUUAUUAACACUCCUGCUGGAAAACAGAACUUACAAACUGAAGUAUGAAGUAUGUUGGCAUUUAAACCCAUCUGAGGAUCUU